AAAUUGUUAAGGAAAUUGAGGAUUUGUGGCGGCAUCAGUCGUUCCCUCGUCGUUUUAUGUUUACUCAUCGAGCUUAUACGAUGGGUUUACCCAGAGUAUCCGGUAGUCGCCUGUUGGAGAAUGUUUUUUUAAGUUGAUGUCCCAGAUUACAUGAACACCGUGUUGUUGUACCUGAAUACAAACGCCGAGUCAGGCGUAGUUUAUGGUGAUUGUUGUCACAGGUGGGAUGUAUCGGACAAACAAUGGGCAGCCUCGUAGAGGCGAUGUUGAUAACGCAUACCGCGAUAGAUCGGCCGGUUUCAAACAAGCUGGACCCACUCACACACCGAUGACCGUUGCCGAACAGUUCAAGGAAUCUUGGCUGACCGCCAUUAUUGGGUCAGUUCUAUUCGCAGCUGGGAUGUGCCUGCUAUUUUGGAACGAGGGCCGUGCGGUUAGAACAGCACAUUCGCUGAAUGAGGCGCUGCGUAACAUUGUGCCGCUGUCCAGUGUAAACCAUGUGCUACCUGAGCAUCAGCACAGACUUGUUCAUUUUUCGGGACCACUGAGAGUGCUUGAACCGCUCACUGAACCUGAUUAUGGAAUCGUUAUGGCCAGCGUAAAGCUGAAGAGAAGGGUACAGAUGUAUCAAUGGAUCGAAAUUGAAGAGGAACGUAGUUUUGGAGGUGUUACCGAAGAUGAAAAGCACUACUAUUAUACGACAGAAUGGAAGGACAAGCUUGUGGAUUCAGAUUCAUUCGAUAUCAGAACUGGUCACCAUAAUCCCAAAAUCAUGCCUGUGCGGAGUCAGAUACAAAUUGCCAAUGAGGUUAAGAUUGGAGCCUUGACUCUUGGUGAAGAGUUAAAAAAGAAAUUCAAUCACUUUGUUGAGAUUACUAGCGAUGAGAGGCCGGAGCGUAGAGACAUCAAAUUGCACUCUGGCCUCUACUAUCACAGUAAUGACUUAUGGAAUCCUCAGGUCGGAGAUAUCAGAAUACAAUUUUCGUACGCUGGCAAGGGCGAUGACAUCUAUUCAAUUAUCGGCAUGCAGGUAGAUGGAACUAUCGUUCCUUAUACGACCUCGCAUGGCGAAGAAAUCUUAAUCCAAAGAAAGGACGUGAUAUCCGUGGAUCAGAUGUUUCACCUAGAACAUGUGCACAACUAUUGGCGCACCUGGGCUAUAAGAGGUCUGGGUUGGCUAGUGCUGUUUCUCGCUGCUACAUGUUUGGCAAACAUAAUACGCACGCUCGUCUUGAAUUCAACAUUUUUAUGCGGCGUGAUUGCUAUUGAAUCUGUAAACAUAUCUGUCUCCAUGUCCAUCAGUUUAUUGGUCAUUGGUUUUGCCUGGGUAUGGUACAGACCCAUUGUCGGCUUGUGUCUGGCGCUGGCUUCCGUCGUACCAUUUCUCUAUUCGACCAUCUUCUCGGAAAAUCGGGGUCAACAACGAGACAACUAUCGAAGACUAUGACUGCAAACGCACGCUGUCUAUGUGUCAAAAACAUUCCAUCAUUCGCUGUCUACCCUCUAUGCGUUUAAAGAUCUGCAUGCUACACAUGCAUGCAUGAUACACCUGCGCAAAUGUUUAUGGUAUUGAGUCUAGUCACAUCAUUCAACAUUUUUAUUUUCCAGGUAAUAAUUAUUCCUUCUCGGAGUUGUUUAUAAUUUCUUUUGUUCAUUACAAACUUGACUUAUUUAGUAGGAAGUAAAAAAUUUCAAUUCUGAGUAUGUGAGCUGUAAAUACAAUCUCGCCAAUCUACAUAACUUUUAAUAAAGACAUUUUGAUUGAAAACUU